UCCAUUGGGGAAAACCAAUUAUUUCCUGGUAUCGAGUAGGCCUUCAUCCAUGUCAUCAUGCAUGCUGUACUACUACUGUUGGCCCGUGUGUGAAGUACAUGUACAAAAAUGUACAUGUACAUGUAAGUGUAUUAAUACAGUUCAAACCCAGCCGCGUUGAAAUGUAAUAGAACAUAAAAUGUCCCAAAGAGAACAUUUGGAAGCAUUUUUACAACAUGAGGAACAUCUUCGGAUGUUGGCUACAAAUGGUGAAGAUGGAUUUUUGAAAGAAUUUAUGGCACUCAAGCAGCAGUCAAUGAGGUAUAAGACAGAGAAAACAUUCUCUACCAAUGAAGGAGAACGUGAUAGCAACAUACGCAAAAACAGAUACAAAGAUAUAUUGCCAUUUGACUAUACUCGUAUUGUUCUACCUGAGAUAGAAGAUGUGGAAGGAUCAGACUACAUCAAUGCAAACUACAUCAUGGGAGUUAACGGCAAGAAUGUGUAUGUUGCAGCUCAAGGUCCUUUGCCACACACAGUCAAUGACUUUUGGCGUCUUUUGUGGGAAACUGGGGUGGAGGUGGUCAUCAUGGCCUGCAAUGAAUACGAAAGUGGAAAGCACAAAUGCGAGAAGUACUGGGCUGAUGAAAAUGAAACAAAACAGUUUGGAAAUGUCACAGUGAGCUUAAUAACCCAGUUGAGAGUGACUCCAGAUUUUAUGAUUCGCACGCUGAAGGCCAGCAACCAAGAGGAAGAGAGAGUGCUGAAUCAAUUUCAUUAUACAGCCUGGCCUGACCAUGGAGUGCCAAAGUCAGUCAAGCCUAUCAUGGAUAUGAUCCAGCUAUUUAGAGAGUAUCUGCCAAGUGAAGAAAGCGUUGUUGUCAUGCACUGCAGCGCUGGUUGUGGACGCACUGGUACAAUGAUUUGCAUUGAUUAUGUUCGUGCUUUACUGAAGGCAGGGAAAGUAGGGGCUGACUUCUGUCUGUAUGACAUCAUCAUGGAGAUGAGGAAGCAAAGACCAGCUUUUGUUCAGACAAGGGAUCAGUAUGAAUUAGUGCACAGAGCAGUGGCCUGGUUGUUCAGAAAGGAACUUGGUUUGGCACCCAACCCUCAUGACUUUGACCAUUUGUAUGAAAAUGUUAAAUUGCAUAAUGAGGGACCUAGAAUGCCUCCUGGUGCAGGUAAUUUAAGUCCAGAUAUAAAGCCAACACAACAGCUAAAGUUAAGUCCAAAACAACGGAGGCAGAAAGAUAAAGAGCAGGAUCAUGGUCACAACUAUGUUAAUCAUGUCAUUCAAGGAAAAGGCUCAUCAUCUGAUGGAGGUUCUACUUCAGCACCUGCAAAUAUGAAGAUUCUAAAGCCCCCAUCAUUACCUACCAAACAGCAACGUGACACUGAUACCAGUGAAACAGUAUAUGCAAAUUUUCAAGAGAAGACAGACACAGAAGAAAAACUGGAUGAUGCUUGCUCAAGCCCUGCUGUCACUCCAAAGCACAGUCCCUUGGCUCAAGAGAGAUUUGAAAGUGGCUACAAGAGUACAUUAGCUGCUUUUAAGGAAUUUGAGGCACCGCCUUUGCAAGUAAAGCCUCAAUCUCCUAAAUCCAUAGAGCAGGGGAAACCAACUCCACGUUCAAAACCUGUGCUUUCUGUGUCAUCCACCAAAUCAUUAGACCUUGACCUUGGCAAGCCAAUUCUUCCGGCUAAACCCCCACUCAGUGAUAAACCUGCAAUUGGAGAGAAACCAGUCAAAGUUUUGCCAUCAACACGACCAAAUCUGGCAACAAAACCAGCUUUUGUACGAAAGAAAGAUACAGCCAGUGGGGGAAGCCCUCAUGGGACAAGUCCAUCCUCAGGACUCAAACGACGUCCUACAAGUGAACCAGUCCCUCCUCAAGACCAUGAGAAGGUUCAUCACCUGGGUGCUGCACAGUUCCUACUUGCUAAAAAUGUAGUCAAAGCCACACUUUCUAACAAGUCAGAAGGAGAUGACAGAAAGGAACAUGAGGUCAAAAAAGGCAAGGAGAGGAGAGACUCCCAGGGCAGACCUACCUCUGCCCCUCCCAAACCACCAACAGCUGUCACAAAACCGAUGACCAAGACUGCUGCCACUAAACAUCAACCCUAUGAAGCAGUGGAUAUAGCCUUGCCUUUGGGAAGAGAUGCGGCAUCCAGUGACAAGGAAGAUUCAGCCAAAGGAUUUCAGUAUGAAAUUAAGCCAGUAGUGACGGUUAAACUCCAAUCUCACCAAGAUAAGGUUGAUACUAAGUCACCCAAAAAUCUGGAAUCUUCCCUAACACAAAUGCAGCACAGAAAAACGAUUGACGCAGCUCGGCCUCAGCAACCAGUCCCUGAAAGUGGGAGCUCAGAAUAUGCCUAUGCUGUCCAACCUGUUAAUGUAAUUGAAAAACUGAAAGAUGCUCAGUCUAGACCACAACUCAAGACAGGACAAGGUUUUUCAUAUGCCUAUGCUCGUGACUCUGUAGAUGACGGUACCGGCACUCCCAAAGAGUCAUCUAAAUCACCCAAAAUUUUGGAUGAUUAUUCCUAUGCUUCUGAUGUAAUUAUCCCUGUUACAUCAGUCAACAGAGAAAGUUCUGAUGGGAAGAAUACUGGACAAUCCAUGGCCUAUGAGGUCAUUCAGAUCAGUCGACCACCCAGUCAGAAGACAUCAGAAGAGGCAGGCACAGAUGACAUUCCUGUAUUUGACAAAGGCCCAGGUGAAUACAAUGAACCAAACUUCAUUUCUUAUAGACAAGUUUCUGAACAAAGCUCCUCUGGGCAGACCCGUGAAUCUGUGUUGAGUAGCACCUCAUGGGCUUCCUUCACUGAUGAUGAUUAUGACUAUAAUACGGAUGAGCAACCUCCAACAAUUCCAGUCAAGACAUCUGCAGCAUAUGAAUAUGUUGACGGUGAGGAAGUGGAUGAAGCUGGAUCAGGAUCAAGUGCAAAACCAAAAAUAGCUCAGUUCCUGGCCAACCAAAGAGACAAGCUUGCAACACAUAAAGACAAACUUACCUCAAAUACAAAAGGCUUCCUGACAAAGAUUGGAGAUGCUGUCACUAGGAAUGCACCUGCAUCAACAGGCAACAGGUCUUCACCUCCAUCUACCUUAUCAAGUAGUCCUCAAGCUGGAAUUGUGUCUGACCUCAAUGAAAUCAUAAAAAAAACACUGAGAGAGUUUGAACCAACUUACAAGGAAGAACCAAAUAUGUUCCAAGGCCGUGAUAUUAGUUUUCCAAAACGUGUGCCAAGUCCAAAGUCUCCACCCCCACUUCCCAAUGAAUGGAUCCAGUCAGACACACAAAAUAGCACAGCAUCAGUCCAGCUGUGAAACAUCUCCAUAUCAGGAAGAGGUCUGGAAAGUGCCUCAUAUCAGUUCAUGAUUUCUGUUGUCAAUUUGGCACAAUAAAAUAGAACAGACAUGGUAUGAUGGUAUAUUAAACGUAAACAAGAUGCUUAGCAUAGGAAUCUAAAUCACAUUUGAUUAACUCUGUCAACAAGCAUCUCUCACCAGUGAGAGAGUGAUCCAUAACUGAAUGACAUUUCCACAUUAAAGAAUUUUUGAGUUUUGAAUAGAAACAAGUCAAUCUAAAUGGGGAUUUUUUUGGGGGGGGGAAUGGAUUUGAGGUUAUAAUCCAAUUGGAUGUUUGAAAGUCAGUUGUUCAAAUCUCCAUCCCAAAGCCAUCCAGCAUAUACAGUCUUCUCAUUCCGGUUAAUAUUAUAUUAAAACUGAGCCAUGCGUAAAUGUUCGAUGCUGGCUUCUGAUAUCUACAGCCUGCACAUUCAUGCAAGUAAAUCACGUUACUGGUUGCAGUAAUCCUACUAUGACUUUAUUUCCUUUUGUAAUGAAUAUUUUUCUCAAUAUUUAAUGAAAGUAUAAGGUAAUUCUUUAUUUUUCCAUUCUAUAAGAGAAAUGUAUAGUCAUGUACAAAGAGUACAUUUCCAAAAAAGAGAAAUUAUAACAACAUGACUUAAAAUUUAAGUUGUUUGAAAUGGAGUAAGUAACAGAAGUCUGAAAGCUGUGUAAUCACAUUUAUCCUAUUUUAGUGGAAGUACAUGUAUUGUAAAUCUGUUAUUGCCAAAUGAACUGGAUAUUUAGACUACUGACUAAAACAAAAGAUGGAUUUGGACUAAGUUUGUUGAAUAUGCUUGUAUGAGUUGAUUGUGCUGGCUUCGUUAACUUGUCACACGUUAUUUAAUCAGUAGUGGUUGACUUUUUAAAGUUCAUUGUCACUUAAAGUGUUUGCAUGUGUUGUCUAGUAAAACCAAAAAAAACACUGUAUAGUCUAUUAGAAAGCAUGGUUAUGAGUGUUGGGGUGUUUCCCUUUUUUUCAUGAGUGCAAAGUGUUUACUGUGAAGAGGUAUAUUUUGCUGGAGUACGGACAUCUGUUAUAAGAGAGCAUAGCCAUGUGUGUUGGGGUGUUUCCCCUUUUUUCAUACGCGUGGAGUGUUUACUCAGAUAGCAGGUAUAUUGUGCUAGAGUAUGGUACGUAGAGAGAUACUUAGUAGCUUUUACCUAUGGAAUUGUCAUUUUAUUUUGAAUGUAGCACUUUUUUGGAAUUCCUUUCUUUGUCUUUCUUAUGAUUUAUGUAACAGGAUCGGGAAAUGGUAAUACAUGCACAUAAGGCACACCGAUUGAUAACAUUUUGCACACAUGAUUGAGAACUAGACCAUUCAGUCUUUGACAAAGGUGGGAUCAUCACAGCAUACAACAGAAUGGGACAGUGGCAGAGGUUUGGGGACAUUACCUGUUCUCAGAUACAGCUGUCAUCUCAGGCUGCCAGUCUGAUGAUUGAUUUUGUUUAUCUUCACUGAGGCUUUCCUCUUCGAUGUGCUUUGUAGAUAUCUUUGAUCUCAAAUCCUAACCAGACUGGCACAGCUCCUGUAUGUACAUAGCUCUGCACAGACUGUUGUCACGUGAAAAUUCAGAGAGCAGGGGAUGGGGAGGGCUAUUGUUUGUGAUUAUCCUGUGUAAAUUGAACUUACAAGCAAAUCAAAGGGGACAGGAGUUAACUGUGGAUGUGAAUGUGCUGGAUUUGCAUCCUUCCCUUAUACAUGAACAUUGACAGGAUAACAUGUUGACCCUAAUAGUAAACAAAUAUUCACCGGAUAACAUCUGACCAAGACAGGGCCCUGCAAGGAAGUUGUAGGACAGUUCCCAGUAAUAACUAUUGAGGUGCCAAUGAAAAAUGUACAUAUCUAGAUUAAAUUGGAUAGAAAUGAUUUAAUGUAAAUUUAGUUCAUAUGUAAAGGUUGUGUGCUGAUUGGAAUAAUCAUUUAAAGUAUAUUACAUGUACCACAAUGCCCUCAUAAAGAAAUUUUUCAUUUGGAUUAUAUUGUAACUGCAUUUACAUAUUUCACCAGUUAGAGGAGAACCAGCACGGUGAAAAGAACAUUCAUAAUAAAUGGAUUUUGCGUAUUUGUACAGUUAAACAGAACUAGACAUUAAUCAGCAAAAAUCAGUUGUUUAACCCUAAUUGUUUUUCUCACCACAAAAAAGUUGGGGGGGGGGGAAGGAAUGAUUCCUUAGCCCAUUCCCCUUGUCAAAAAGUGGGGGAUAUGUACACCCAUCCCCCAGGAUGCCUUGUUAUUAUGGCAACUGAGUAAACAACUGAUUGAACAGCUUGGUAAUUUUACUUUAUGCUUAUAAACACAUGGAUACGGAAAUGUGCAUUGCUUCUAGCAAAAAACAUGCUUUCAGUUCUUGGAGUCACCAGAUAUUGACUUAUAAAAGAACACUUGAUCUUAGCAAUAAUCAUAAUGUGAAACCAAAUGAUAUUUCAAGCACUGUCUGUGAAAAUUGGAUGGGUUAUCCUCCACUACUAAACCCUGAGAACCAGAACUCAAGUCUUUUGUAGAUCCAUGUGCAAACUUAAUUGGACAAAUACCUAAAAAUGUGCAGGUCCAAGUAAAGGGAACAGUGGAAAAGAUUAGUGGGAGUCCUUGGUAGUGAGCAUACUGCACAAGUGACAUGGCUAGCACUGCAUUAAGGAGAGGAGCUUUUUUGUUAGUUUUUGGACCAGACUGUAUAAGAUUUAAUGUCACAAUCCCCUAAAUGAUUUAUUUCCUCAUAAUGCAGUUGCAAUCAUUCAACUGUCAUGUAGUCUUGUACCAAACAAAGCAUGUGCAGGCGUGUCUGUGGAGGACAGAUUUUGUUCUUUAGGCUUAAGGGUUUUAAGUGAAUAUAGUUUGGAAUAUUAUUGUAGUCAACUACAUGUAAGCUAUCAUUGGUAUUUUAAAUAACAUGAGAAAACAUAUACAUGUACUGACAGUUACAAUCCUGGAAUAUUAGUUAAAAUGGAUCAGAAAGACUGUGCUUUGUUUUUGUAUUUAAAUAAUGGCAUUUGCCAGAUGCAGAAAAAUACAAAUUUUAGUUAGAAAAUUUCAUUCUUUCAAGUACACAACCGUUAAGCACACUUUAAUGAUAUAUAUGAUUUCAUUUGUGAUUUGGGGUUAAUUUUGUACAGUUGUUUGUAUGUUAAGAGGUAUCAAUAUGCAAUAUUUGAUCAUUGUAAACAUAAGAAUUUUGAUAUAGGGCUCAAUAUAUAGGGCUUAUUAAGAGGAAUGAAAAUCAAAAUGAAAUUAUUGGAAAGAUAUAUCUGUACAUGAUAGACGUGCAUAAAAAUUUAAAAAUAACCUCCAUAUAAUGGCAUUAUAGACUUGACUUUGACAAGUGCUUGUGCUUUAAAAUUCAGCAGUUUGCUAGUUAAUUAUGAUAUCUGACAACUAAUUUUUUAUCAAAACUACUUUUUAAAUAAACAAUUUGCAAACCCUUUUUAUACAUGCAAAGUGCCUUUUCAGUGCAUUUUAUCGUAUGGGCUUUCAUCUUAUUUCUGCACAUUGCUGAAACUUGUGUACACAUGAUGUAAAUGGUCAAAGUGUUUUUAUGUAAUAAUGCACUUGUAGUUAAAGACCACAUAAUCCCUGCAUAUUGUUAAACCCCUUCCCGGCCGGUUGAAACAAAAGCAAUGUUUACCUUUUAAACAUUUCUUCAGCCACUGGAAUAAGGGAAGAGCUUCCUAUAUAUACAGUGAACUCAACCAGGAUUCAUCUGCAGGAUAAAGCUCUCCAAGUCCGAGGUCCAUGGAGUAGUAGUGCUUUAAGCAUACCAUUAGCGUACCUUGAGUGAUGAAGGAAUACAGGAAGUGCCAAUGUUUCUAUGUUGAUGAAUUGCCUCGUCAACUAAUUGACGAGUUGAUGAUCAUGUUUCAUGAAACAUUCCUCCCACGCAUGGCAAAAAAGAUAACAUUCUAUCCUUGGAGCAAGAUUGAUUGAAGUGUCAUAGAAGUUGAAUCCUGUAUGUCACAUUGUUUGAUGACUCUACGCAAUGAGACUUUUCCACUAGGCUCUUCACAAAAUAAAGCCAAUACCAUUCCCUCUCAAAAACAGAUUUCUGAAUAUGUGUAUGUGAUGCUGGUGCUCCAGAAAUGAACAAAUCAAAUGUAAAUGUGUGCAGUCAAAAAAAGGAAUUUAUUUGCAGGACAUAGCAAUGUCUGAGAAGUAUUGAUUCUAACUUCAUGCAAAUUCUACAUGCAGAAUUCAUAUGUAUAAAAUAUUUUAUGUUUAUGCUUGCUGAAUAGAACACUGCAUUUGUUAUAAGUGUUAUUAUUAUUUGUAUACAAGUACACGUACUGAUUAAUAUGCCCAAGAUGUUGCACUUUAAAAAAUGAGUUAUGCAGCCAAAUGAAUACAUGUAGUAAAUGGGAAAAAGACCGAACUGUACAAUGAUUUUGAAAAUGUGACAGACAGUGAACAUCAAAAUCAGCAGUUGAGAUGCUCAACAAAUAUUUUUUCAGGCUCAUUUCAUGUAACUCAGUGUAAUUAAUUUAAUAUCACUUUGGCAAAUUUAUUCUUUUUGGUAAAGGAUUCUAUUUUCAGUAAUUGUAGGGUUCAGUUUUCUUGAGGAAUUUUUUAUGACACAGAUGUUAAUCCAGUUACGUAACUAUUUCCAUCUUGCCCUUAAUAAAAAAAAAACGCAAAAGGUACUGA